AAAUCUUAAAGAUUGUUUGGUUUUCAUAUCCAUUGUACGGGUGAGUCAUAAGCAACUCGGGAACUUUGAAAGUCGACCAAUAGACCGCGUGCUGAAUAUCAAGCUAGCGACUUGCGUGUCAUCUGCAACUUUCCCGGCUGGGUCGAGACUUCAUAUACCAACCAUGGCCUCUUCCACCAUGGCACCUCCUCCCACUCCUUUGGCUCAUCGUCGCACCCAUCGACUCAUUUCCAAGAACCUUCCUCCGUCACCACCAGCAUCGCCAGAGUCAUCAAAAUGUUCUCUUCGUAAGAUGUCCCUGUCCAAGGGCGCUACAUUCCACUGUUCAUCCUUGCCGUCCACGCGGGAUGACCCAGUCUUGAGUAUUCCUCACCUGACUCAUCGCUCUCCAACCUUCUCCCAGUCACUCCUGACUGGCUGGUUGUCGGAGAAAGAAGACGUCGCUCAGUCCAUUGCCGACUUCGAGGAAACCUUCUCUGGCGCACGUGGAAAGAGAGGUGCGGGCAGACGCCGAUCGCUUCGGGACUUUGAACAACAAGUCUUGGUCCGUCGUGCUGCGCUCCCGUCUGACGAAGGCUUGGGAUCAUCCAUCAGCCCGGCGAGUGACAAAGGCUUGGCAAAGACAUUCGAAAGAGCUUUGGACUUGUUGUCGAGCAAGGACAGUGGGCUGGGUACUUCCAUCAGUGACUCGGUGGAGAAGGUCGUGGGAAACAACUCUGAAGAAGACGGUCUUGCCAAAGACUUGAUUCAAGGUUGGAUUGCCCGUUGUGUGCUGAUGUGUGAAGACGUUGUUAACCCAUCUGCCGCAGAAGCUGACUCUUCAGACCUGACAACUCGCCGCCUCAGGCAGCGACCAAUUGCAGUGACACAGAGCAUUGCGCCUCAACCUUCCCGAACUGCCCCUCGACAUCCACCACUCAACAACUCUGCACGAAACAAACUCAAGGAACAUAUACUCCUACCCAUCCUCCGAGACGACCGUUUUGAGGAGUUCCAUCCUUUCGUCUCUACUCUUGGCUCCAAGACCAACAAGAACAUCAGAUGCUUGCGUGAUCUCGAAAAGAGCCUCAUCUUCAAACCCUUGGUAAGCACACUUGCCUUCGAUCGCCUGCCAGAGUCUAACCCCCUCUUCAAGACAUUUGCCAUCUCAAGGCAUCUGUUUCGUCUCUUUGGCGAGUUUACCAUCCAACUCGUCGUCGACACUUAUCAACAUCUCUCCGAGUCGGAACAGCGACGUGCCGCUGACCGCGCUUACGACAACGGAUACUUCCUUGACUUGGUCCAGCAAGUCAAUCGACUAGCUACUCAAAUCGGAUCGUCCAAUCGCGCUCAGCAGGCCGGUACUGCUGAAGACGACGAGAUGGCUUACUCCAUUGAUGACGAGGUCACCUUGGAAGGCGGCCUCGGUGAGUCCGGCAACCAGGCAGAGCUCGUUCGCUGGAAGAACGGCAAAGGCAUCUCGCUGAGGACUGGUCAGCCUUAUGUUCCAGCCCCUGGGAUCAAGAGACAGAGCAGUGGCGAACUUGACGAAGAUGUUGCUCGAUCCAUGGCCAGAAGAAAGAAGGGUUGGGUCCCUGACAAUGUUCAGAUGAAGUGCCACGACCCCGAAUGUGAUAAGACCUUCACCAGAAAAUGUGAUCUGGCCAAACACGAAAAGACCCAUUCUCGGCCUUUCAAGUGCCCCGAGGAGACUUGCAAGUAUCACGACCUCGGUCUGCCUACUGAGAAGGAACGGGAGCGUCACUACAAUGACAAGCAUUCCAAGGACCCACACUUCUACAAGUGCGACUUUUGCGAGUUCCGCACCAAACGUGAGAGCAACUGCAAACAGCACCAGGAAAAGAAACAUGGUUGGGUUUACGAACGUGCCAAAGGCAAGGACAAGGCCGCCGCAGGCUCGUCUCGGAUGACGCCUGCUGAGACUCCUCAAACAUACUACUCCCCUAGCUUGAGAAGCCAUGACGAUGCAAGUUCCGUCGCCGGCAGCAUCAGAGGAAGUUAUGCAGGCAGCAUUGAACCAAGUUUUGCAGGCAGCGUUCCUAUGACGCCAGUGGAACAGCCUGUCAACAACUUCGACACUUAUCAACCUGCUCCUGUCAGCUACUCCAAUCCCCUCUUCCCAAGACAAACCCCGUCCAUGCCAUACAAUACCGUGGCUGAGGAGUUCGACUUCAACUCCGCUUCUUUUCAGCAACCCUAUUCGUAUCAGCCAGCUCAGACAUAUAUCUCCCCAACCAACACUACUCCAAUUAGCUCCCACAAUCUGAUGGGCACGCCAAUCACCCCAGCUUAUAGCAACAUUACUGAGCCGUCUGACUAUGCUAUGCCAAUGGAUCUCACUAUGGACUGCACCAAUCCUACCAUGUGGAACGAUGGUCUGCCAACACCAAGCUCCUACUUGCAGCCACAGUCCCGCAAUCCCUCCAUCUCCGAGUACUCACCUAUGAUUGCCGGUCCAUCCACCGAGGUCUUCCACAAAGCGUCCAUUAUGGAUCAAGCCCUGGGGUUCCCAGAGGGAGACUUUUCAUUGUUCGGUGGCGAAAGCAGCAACGCUUUCUCAAACCCAGCGGCAGCCAGUGCCACCCUCUUCCCUGGUGGUCCCGAGGCUUUUGCCACCCUCGAUAACGACCCCAUGUUCAACGAAAACUGGACAGACGAGGAUCUCUUCGACUACGAUAUGGGCAACUAGGCUCAUCGCAAGAAACUUUGGUCACGGAGGCCACCAAGCAGUGAGCUGCUUUGGCUCACGGUUGCUUUAGCAAGGAUUAUGGGAAUUUGAUGAACGCUUUUUUCUUUUCUGUUUCACUACUCCACCCGUCUUGAAAAUCAUACAAAAAAAAGAUGGAGGUGUCGAGACCGAGGUGAUGCGAUGGACUUUUCAAUGAUGAUGUAACGAAUAUAAUUUGAUAUGACUCUCCAACCCUGGAGAUCGAGAAGAGGUCAUAGGGUCGGGCUCAGAUUGAUACAGUGAUGGAACAUGUUUUCAUAACACCCUCUCUGGGUUAUGGGGCCUGGGCAUUGGGCAUGGUUCAACAUAGUACAGAUACAGUACGAAUUCAUCUCUCCAUGAAAUGAAAAAUCUCUCAUUUCAAU